AUGAAACGUGCAUCACUGGCGCUGGUGGACGAUAUCGAGGACGAGCGUGUUUUCAAGCUAAGGAAGAAGACGGUCGCCAUUGGAAUUGGAGAAUUAUACGACCCGGGACUUGUACCUGACAAGCUGAAGAUGAAGAAAGGGGAGCCAAUGGAACCACCACCUGCUUCGUUGAGGACUGCUGCUGUCAACAAUAUCAACAUGGGUGCUCAGGGAGCUCUUGCCAAACAACACCUCAAAGAUAACCCUGUUUUGAAAAUGACGCAUCUGCACAAGGAUAAGAUGACGGUAAGCCUGACUGCCUACGGCAUUUGGCACAUCGAGCCGAGUCCCCGUCUGUAUGCUGGAUUGCUGAUUACUCUGGAGAGGCCAAUCCAGGUGCACGCGGUCCCAAACGGUCCAGCGGACUCGAGUCCCCGUACUCCACGAAUCUCAGACUUUCUGGCCAGGCGAGAGGAUAGCCCGACAGCAAUACGAAAUGAUGAUUUGGGCACAUCUACCGAUCAACAUGACCCUCAGCAGGAUAUAGUGACAGGACAGAUCAAUGGUAUUGCUCCUCGAGAACGAUAG